UUGAAUUUGCCUGGACUUAACUGUCUAGGGGUCCUUUACCUUACAAUUCUAUGAUUUUAUGAAAUUUGCUUUCAAUGUUAGGUGUUAGUUAGGACACUUCUCCCUAACAAACUCAUCUUUCUCUCUUCUGCGAAUUUCAUUUGCAAAUAGGUAGCUCUGCUUUCAAAUGCUGGAAAAAUGAAAAUUCUACCCCAUACCUGCAACUGAGCAGCUUUGCUUGUUGCUUCUAGAGGAUAUUUUGUGUUUUUAUAUAUGCUGCAAGCCACCCAGAGUGGCUGGGGAAAUCCACCCAGAUGGGUGGAAUAUAAAUUUAAAAAGAAAGGAAAUAGCUGGUGUUCAGCCCUUGUAAACAGCGUCUGAGUGGAAAUCACUGACUGUCUGAGAAAAGAGCUCAAAAACUUUUUUUGUGUCCGGAUUUUCACUUUUUGAAAUAUGGCCGUCAUGGAUGCUUGACAGAUGUCAAGGUUGGAAGGACACCCUGGGGGUCAUCUAGUCCAGCCCUCUUGCAAGGCAGGAAUCUCAGCUCAAGCACCAUUGACAGACCCAACCUUUGCUUAAAAACCUCUCGGCAAGCAUUUCAUUUUCCAAUAUUCUGAUCAUUUCUGCUUUUAUUUGUUUCCUUGAUUUAGGGGGUGGGCAGCUGCCCCCUGCCUACGCCCAGGACCUCGCCCUCUGGAAGACUUCCUCUUGCAGAAACCCCAGGUUAUUUUUGCGCCCGGGCUUCCUGAUCUCAGGGCUGAAAGGGCGCAGAGAAAAAGGGGGGGGGGAGAAAGAGAGGGAACCUGGAGCCAGAAUUGCACGUGCCCGGGUCCUUCUUUCCACCAAACAGAUCACCUUUGAUAAAGAAGAAAGGGAUGGGGGGGGGGCGGGAAAGGGUGACGCCUCCCUCUCUCAUCGCUGGCUUCAUAAAAGUCCUCGCAGGUGGCUGCAAGGAACUCUGCGAACAGCUGAUCUCGCCUUUGCAACCCGGGCAAUUCCUCUCUCGGCUUCCCCUUUUGCUUCUUCUCAGCCGAAUUUCUCUUUUUCCGCUCACCUCGGGAUCUCGGCCUCUUCGCUGAACCUCACAGGACAAAUCGCUCGCUUUCUCCCCUUUUAUCCACCUGGCUCCUUUGCUCGUCUGUUCAUUCAUUUCCUUUUGAACUUGCUAUCACCUAAACCAGAUUUUCGUUUUUUCAAGAGACAGUGGCAGAAAGGAUAGAGUAGACUCUAUAAUUGCAAGAUAUAACUUAUCUUCUUAUUUGAUUCCUACUUUACAAACACCAAUUCUGGUGGGGCUGUGUGUGUGUGGGGGGGGGGUCUUUGCUGACUUUUUAUCCCUGAGAGAUUUUGGGUGGGUUUUAUUUUCCUAGCUUGAUUCCUUCGCCCUUCCUUGGGUGGGGGGGCUCUCCUUUUGCUUUCCACACUUUUUUUGUUUCUGUUUAAAUAAAACCUUUGCUCCUUUCCUCCUCGCCUGCAAACUUUUUGCUAUUCCAAUGUAUCACAUCUUGUGGUUAAGUUGUUUGCUACCCAGGCACCUCCAAAUCUUGUAAAUAGUAAUUUGUGGAGUCUCUCUCUCUCUCUCUCUCUCUCUCUCUCUCUCUCCAUCCCUCCCCCCUCUCUUUCACCCCACUUCCUGUACUGAGCAGAGUUGGACCUUUACUCCCUUCUCCCCAAGGACUGAAGCUCAUUUCUCUUCCCUCUGCUGUUCUCCUUCCAACCCUCCAAGUCCUCCUCCUUUUUCUUUCUCCGCUGGACCCACCAGGGGUUGACCUCUCCAUCUGCUGUGGUGCUGGUCCUCUCAGCUGCCCAAUAUGGCGCUAGGAGGUGGUUUAGAGGUCUUCCGAGCAGAGAUGCUCACCUUCAGUUUAUGGGAUUAUGGGGUCUUUGCCUUGAUGCUCCUCAUCUCCACCAGCAUCGGCCUCUUCUAUGCCCUCUCCAAAGGAGGCCAGAAGACUUCUGAGGACUUCUUCACAGGCGGGCGGCAGAUGUCGGCCAUCCCCGUGGGGCUCUCCCUGUCCGCCAGCUUCAUGUCGGCCAUCCAGGUUCUGGGGGUCCCGGCCGAGGCCUAUCGCUAUGGGGUGAAGUUCCUGUGGAUGUGCUUGGGGCAGCUGCUGAACACACUCCUGACCGCUUACCUCUUCCUGCCGGUCUUCUACCGCCUCGGCCUCACCAGCACCUACGAGUACCUGGAAAUGAGGUUCUCCAAAGCAGUCCGCCUGUGUGGGACGAUCCAGUAUAUCAUUGCCACAAUGCUGUAUACCGGGAUUGUCAUCUAUGCUCCAGCCUUGAUCCUCAACCAAGUGACUGGGCUGGAUAUCUGGGCCUCCCUGCUCUCCACGGGGAUCAUCUGCACCUUCUACACAACCAUUGGAGGAAUGAAAGCCGUGAUCUGGACGGACGUCUUCCAAGUGGUGGUGAUGCUUUCGGGUUUUGUCGCCAUCUUGAUCCAGGGGACCAUCCUGGUGGGGAGCCCCGCACAGGUCCUGGCCAUCGCCUACAAUAACUCCCGCAUCAACUUCAACGACUUUAACCUGGAUCCUCGCAGCCGCUACACUUUUUGGACCUUCAUCUUUGGCGGGACAAUGGUCUGGCUUUCCAUGUACGGGGUGAAUCAGGCCCAGGUCCAGCGCUACGUGGCCUGCAAGACAGAGAGAGAGGCGAAAUUAGCUCUCCUUGUCAACCAGGUGGGCCUCUUCUUCAUCGUCUCCAGCGCUGUGGGCUGCGGGAUUGUCAUGUUCACCCUCUACAAGGACUGCGACCCCCUUCUGGCCGGAUACAUCUCUGCACCUGACCAGUACAUGCCUUAUUUGGUCUUGGAUAUCUUUGAGAAAUACCCCGGGGUGCCUGGACUUUUCCUGGCUUGUGCAUACAGCGGGACUCUGAGCACGGCUUCCACCAGCAUCAACGCCAUGGCUGCCGUCACUGUGGAGGACCUGAUCAAGCCGAACUUGCCCAGUCUCUCUCCACGGAAGCUGACCCUCAUCUCCAAAGGGCUCUCACUGAUUUAUGGGACAUCGUGCAUCACCGUUGCAGCGCUGUCUUCGUUACUGGGAGGCGGGGUGUUGCAGGGUUCGUUCACCGUCAUGGGCGUCAUCAGUGGGCCCCUUCUGGGAGCCUUCAUCCUGGGGAUGUUUAUCCCAGCUUGCAACACCGUGGGGGUGUUGACUGGGCUUCUUGUGGGAUUCGCCCUCUCUUUCUGGGUGGCUGUGGGGGGCACCCUCUACCCGCCCAGCGCCACCACCAUGGGGGUGCUCCCAUCCUACGGAGACUUGUGCCCGCUCUACAACGCCUCCGAGGGAGCCAACGCCACCAUCGUGCUCGGCCCACUGCCACCCCGGAACAUCACGGAAGUUGCAGACAGGUCGGCCAUUGUGGAUGACUUCUACGCCAUUUCCUACCUCUACUACGGUGCCUUGGGAACGCUCACCACGGUUGUAGUUGGGGUUCUAGCCAGCUGCCUAACUGGGCCUGCGAAAAGGAGCUCAAAGAAGCCAGGCGUGCUCUGGUGGGACGUCAUGAAGCAGACCGCCAUGGUCUCCCCAGAGGGGCUGAAGAAACCGUUCACCAAGGAUGCAGGGAACUCUCCCAAUCUGCAGAAGAAAGCCUUUGGCUCAACGUCUCUGGUGCCCAGCUUCCCGGCCGAGGAGAAGACCCUGAUGGCCAAGGAGGAGAAGGCAUCAUCAGAGCCAUCUGAGGAGAACCUCUGCGUCUGCAACGCUUUUGAGAGCAGCUAUUUCCACCUGCUCAGAGAGACCAACGUGUAAAGGGUUGGGCAGCUGGAGGCCAGAAGCCUCCUGGACCAGCUUUACUUGGGAAAGGACCCCAUUUGGGGAGGGAUGGACCUCAUUCCACAAAGAGAUAUUUGUAGAUCUCUGACCAGGCCAAGCUGCAACCUCUGGAGAAAUUUGGGCAGGGCAUUCCUGGCCUGUUAUCAAAAUCUGGCCAACAGCACGGGGCGACGUGGACCCUUGGAGGCUUCUGUUUGUCCUUUUAGAGGACAUGCCUCCCUAACUGGGUCCUGUCACGAGGGAGCUUCUUCAUCAGUUCAUUUAUUAGUAUCAAACAGAAGCACAGGAGAUCCAUCAAGGCUUGAGCUGCUGCCCAGGGGGCCUGCUCCUCUCCCCAGAAGCUCGCUUUCUGCGUAUCAGACCCAAACUGCUGUCUACGGUGGCUGCCAAGGAACCCUGCUGUCGAUGCCUAGUUUUCUGCUCUCUGACAUGGUGGAAACACCUGGUUUUAGGGGAAGGAGGGGGAUCUAUCAGGCUCUCAAGGGACAUCGUAUCAACUGGCUCUGGUACUCUCCCUAUCACAUCUGGCUCCUGUCUCUGUUCGGGGCUGGUGCAUCUGCUAGCUCACCCCUGUUCCUUGCCCUCCAAUAUUUCCCAGUUCUCCUUCUCCUUCUCCUCCUCCUGUUUCCCACCACCAAGGACCUGGGUCCACACUAUCUUCUUCUGCCCCCUCCCUGGGCGCCUCUUAGGGUGGCCGUCUCCACUCCUCCUCCUCAUCUAGCCUGAUACCUAUUCUCCAUUUUCACCUGGAAAUGGAGGAGUUUGAGAUUGGCAAAGAUGAGAAAAAGCAGAUGUUGCAAACUGGAAUAAUAAUAAUAAUAAUAAUAAUAAUAAUAAUAUUCUACUAUUUUACCCCACCCAUCUGACUGGGUUGCCCCAGCCACUCUGGGCGGCUGAUGUAUAUUUUGCUCUCGGAGGCUUCAUUUGUUCAGAAUCGAGUCAGCACUUCCAGAGUUAACACUAAAUACAUCUCUUCUAGUUAAGGAACCACCAUAGCUGCUAGAAGGCUGUGGAAAUUUGUGUCCUGGGCUUUUUAGACUCAUCUACCCACGUACUAUCAGAAACUAAAGGGGUGCCCUGGUUGCCUGGUGUGAAAUAUUUCCAGCUCACCUGCCCCCACCAUCCUUGCCACUUCUCAGGGCCCCCUGCAUCGUUUCCUUUUGGACCUUGAUCCUCCUCCUGCUUGCCUCCACCUGUCAUGGAAAAGCCACUCUGUGCAUGCUCAGAGGCUGGAGGAUGGGAAUAGAGUCCAGCUGGGUCCCUGCUGUGCCCUCUCCCCCAUAUUCCGUCCCAUGUUGGCCGUCCUAUCGGAAGUGUGUAGACAGGAGUAUUGGCAUCUCCUUCUGUCCUCUUCUCCACCCCCCCCCCGCCUGAUAUUUGCCAUGUAAAUAAGAUGCACCAGGAUGGAGAUUUCAAGCUGCACAGGGGCUACAGGGCCUGGGUUGAAUGGUUGGGCUUCGCCAGAAGGUGUAUGUUCCUAUCUAUGCAUAUAAAGAUAUGCAUUCAGUCUGCUCUGGCUUCCAAUGAUCAAAGGACUCUGGUGUUGUACCAUUUGAGGGGAAACGCUCAGCAGGAAAUAAAGAGAAUGUUGUACAAAAGCCAAUGCUGAUUCUGUGUUUGGAAUGACAGAUUCAGAAGGGAACGGAUACAUAUCCCUGUGGCCCAAAUGAGGACGUUGUGCAAAGCUGAGCAGGGUGGCUACAGGACCAGCUUAGCUUAAUUGCCAUUGCUCAUUUAUUUGUGUAGCCGAAGGUAUUACAAAGCCAGAUGCAUAAGAACAAAAAAACGCUGCACAGAUUUUUAAAAAAUUGUUUU